AUGAGACGUGCUUCUCGACGUCGAGUAUCAUAUGUUAUUACUCACAAUAAGGAUGACCAUGGUCAUCUUUUAGGAAUUAAUUCUUUGGCUUUAGACAUAACGACACCCAAUCCAGAGACAGGAAAACCAGAGGGAAUCCUUUACUCUGCUGGGCGAGAUGGUGUAAUAGCGUCCUGGGACUUGCACUUACCAUUUCGAAAUAAGAAAAAUGUGAAUAUCAACGGAUCAAUUCAUAAAAGCACCGAAAGCCUCAAUGAAAUUAAUGAUGUGGGUGGUAGGCAAGAAUUUAUCCAUCCCAGAAAAAAUUGGGAGAUCGACGAUGAAAUUGAUUUUUCUUCGCAACCACCAUCAACGUUUCGUCAAUCUUUCCAAAGCCAUACUGAUUGGGUUAACGACAUAAUACUUUGCCAUAACAAUGAAUCAUUAAUUUCUGCUUCUUCGGACUGCAAAAUAAACCUCUGGCAUCCUCAUAAAUCAAACAGUCACACUCCUCAUACCAUCGGCUGUCACACUGAUUACGUAAAAACAUUAGCAUAUGCUCCUGGUCCCGGUUGGGUCGCCAGUGGCGGUUUUGAUCGAAAAAUAAUUAUGUGGGAUAUAAAAGAAUGUAGACCUUUAUCUUUUGGAAUUUCUUCGAUUAAUAUUGACUAUGAGCGACCUCCGAUAGCGACAAUAGCAGAUUCAUCGCUAAAGCUGUCAGUGUAUGCGCUGGCUUGUAAUCCAAUAGGAACUGUUCUUGCUUCAGGAUCACCGGAAAAGGUUGUCCGUUUGUGGGAUCCACGUACAACAAAACAGAUCACCAGUUUCACGGGCCAUACCGAUAACAUUAGAGCUAUAUUAGUUAGCGAUGAUGGUGAAUUGGUAUUAUCAGGAUCAUCCGACACUACCAUAAAAUUAUGGUCAUUAAAGGCUCAAAGAUGCAUAAAUACUUUUACGGUUCAUUCAGACUCCGUAUGGUCUCUUUAUUCGGAUCAUCCUAGACUAGAAUCAUUUUAUUCAGGUUGUAAAGAUGGAUUAGUUGCAAAAAUUGAUUAUAGCGGUUGUGCAGAAAUUCGAGAUGGUGAGUGCGUAGCUGUGUGCAAAGAAGAGUUUGGAGUCGUCAAGCUUAUCGCCCUUGAUAACAAAUAUAUUUGGACGGCAACUUCUGAUUCUAGUAUAAAACGAUGGCUAGAUGCUCCUCCCAGACGUAUUCGUAAAGCAAUUUCCCAAUCCUCUUCACCUUCUAUAUCACCAACAUCUCCACAAUUAUCUCCGCCACUACUUACAAUACCAUCAUCUUCAAUAAUAAAUCUCACGUCUGCUGGAGUAUCAUAUGGUGUGACUUUGGAUGCUGAAGUUGCAACAUUGUAUUCGGUCACUACUGAUGAUCAGAAAUUGGAAAGUUUAGAUAUCGAAGAUCCAAUUCCUUUAAGAGAUUCGCCGGACUCUGUUAUUAAAGGCCAGCAUGGUCUAGUAAAAUGUUCUAUAUUAAAUAAUCGACGGCAUAUUAUUACGCUUGAUAAUUCUGGAGAAUGUAUUCGAGUUAAAACAUUCGGCAAGCGUGACUUCAAUGAAGUUGUUCAGGCAGUUAAUACUAUCGAAUAUAUACCAACUUGGUGUGAAGUGGAUACACGCAUCGGGGCUUUAACGGUUCAUCUUGAUGAAAAAAAUUGUUUUGAUGCAGAAGCAUACGCGGAUGAACUUGAUUUAUUGGAGGAUGCAGAUAUUCGCGAUGAUCAAAGAAUCAAUCUCGGCAAAUGGGUAUUAAGAAAUCUGUUUGCAAAUUUUACAAGGACUUUGAUACAGAUGUAUGAAGAGUUUCCGGCACAAAAUCUCUUAAGGCAUCAACUUAAUGAUUUCAGACGAGAAUUUCAGGAUGAUCGGUCACUUCCGCUACAACCUAUUUCAUUUCCACCAGCUACUGUUCAAGCAAUCGUAAAUAGUGCACUCACCGCGCCCCCUACAGUGGCAACAGCACAAAGUGUUAAUUCUCCGUCACCGAGUACAUCUGCACUACCACAAUCUCCGACUACACCUUUGGCCGCUUUUACAGGUCCACUUACUGCACCUGCAACUACAGGAUCUCAACAACCUGACUAUUUUUCUGGUUCGCAUCAUAAUUCGCCCACUAGUCCUACUGGACCCUCUGGUAAUUUGACACCACCAGGUUCGACAGGCUCCGAACCAUUAGGUGGACAAUUACCAACCUCCGAGGUAAUAAAGCCACCACCUCCAGCUCUUAUUAAUCAAACAUCAAGCAGUAGUGGAACUUCAAGUUCUCUAUUCGGUCGGUUUAAACCCUCUUUUGGACGUAGUAAAAUACCAAAGACACCUAACACAGAAACAAAACCUGAAUCAAGUGGAACGAAUGUGUCGUCAGAAAAUAACUCUGAUGCAAAAACUGACUCAAAACCAGCUGCUUCCACACAAUCACAGGAUGAGCCUAGUGCACAAAUUCGAAAAGAUGAAGAAUCAAAGGCUAAUUCUCCUGCCAAAUCGAAAGUUCAAGUGCAACAUACUGGUUAUCACCCUAUACAUCAUGACCAAAUCCAUUCAAUACGUAACAUACGUCCUUAUGUUCAGCCUCCUUUCGUGCAGUUACCGAUAAGUGAAACACCCGAAAUUCAAAUACCACUCCAUACAACUGUUAUAAUCUCAGAAGUUUCUCCGGAAGCAUCAACUUUUGUUGAUUCGUACCGUGGGACAGUUGAAACUAUGGACAAGGAUGUUGAAUUAAUUGAGCACAAAGCACAUCCUUGGUUAUUGGAAUUUUUACUUAAAAAUAAAAUUGCGCUAAAGGAUUCAGUCAAAAUAGGGUUUAUAUUAAAACCUCACGAAGGCUCCCAACUUGAAGAUUUACCAAACGGGAAUUCUCGGUUAACUGCUAAUAGAAUGUUAAGAGCUCGAAAAAUUCUUUCAUACAUAGUAGAAAAACUCGAGCUUGAUCAACCUGAAGGGGAAAAAGAUGAAGUUAUAGCAGAAAAAACUUUAAUAGAGAAGGAUGAAGAAAAAACGAAGAGUUCUAUAAAACCUGAGAUGUGGUUGGAAUUAGUUUGUUUAGAUCAGACAUUGCCUCCUACAAUGACAUUGGCUGCUAUAAAAUCACAUAUAUGGAAGCAAAAUGGAGAUCUAGUAAUGACAUAUAGGUAUUUAAAUAAUUCUAAAAAGAAUUAA